AUGGAAGGAGGGCAGCGUCAGAACCGUGUGGUGGAAGUUGUUCAUCAAAGACUGGUCAGGCUGACUCGAGAACUCCAAUAUUCAUUGAAGAGAUUGAAAGAUUACUCUUAUGCCGAUAAGCUCUCAACUUCGUGGGAUGUUGCCAUCACUAUCAACAUCGAAGUGACGUUGACAUCUGCUCUUAAAGCGGCUCCUGCAGGCACCUUGGAAUACUUCCGAUACUUGAAGCACCCUGUCGUUUCUUCAAUGAUGCUGAUUGUUUCUUUCAGUCUUCCCUCUCUGCUUGCAACGGUUGCAUUGCUGUUAGUUGGAUACCUAGCACUGAAGACGGACGAAUGCCCUCUUUGCUGCGAAAGGGUGCCAUAUUGGAACAUGGUGUUCAAUUCUUGCGGAGACAGAUGCUGCAAAGGCUGCGUGAUUCAAUACCUCAAGACUGACGAUGCAGAAAAGGUCGCGCGAGUGCGCCAUGCCCGACAUUGGAACGUGCGCUGCUUCGGAGGUUGUGGAAGGUUGUUGGACAGGAAGCUGGUGUUUCUCUCCCGCGAGAAUCUGAGGCUGCAGCAGUGCGUUUGCGAGCUACAGAAGAGGGAGAUGCUCAUCGCAAGGAAACCAGCUGGCAGUGACAUCGUGGAAUGUCCGGAGAUGUCGUGCAUGGGGGUUGGCUACUCGGGGCAGGCCACCAUCAUGUGCUUCGUCUGCGAACGUCAGUGGGAGGAUCCCGAGCACAGGUACCACAUAGCGAAGCGAAUAUGGAGCUGGGUCAAACGAUUCGUAUGGCCGGACACCAUCGAUGGGGUUGGGGGUUGGAGGCCUUGUCCUCACUGCGGGAUGGCGAUCGUCAAGAAUGGAGGCUGCGCCAACAUGCGUUGUGGGCUGUGUGAUCAGGUGUUCAGGUGA